AUGUCAAAAUCGGCACCUAAAAAAUUAUUGACUGAACUGGAAUCCAGUUACAACCCUAAGUUGGUUGAGGAAGGGUGGUAUAGUUGGUGGGAAUCGAGGAAGUUUUUCACACCUUCCACCGACUACGACUCGAUACCCGGCAAGAAUAAAUGGGUAUCUUUGCUGCCUCCACCAAACGUAACUGGAUCUCUCCAUAUCGGACACGCACUAACAGUUUCAAUACAGGACUGCCUAACAAGAUGGUACUUAGUCGGUGUUUAUUUGAUUUUUAGGCACAGAAUGAAAGGAGACGCAACGCUGUGGUUGCCAGGCACAGACCAUGCCGGUAUCGCAACGCAAUCGGUCGUGGAACGAAUGCUGUACCAAAAACAGAAGCUUAAAAGGCACGAUGUCGGAAGACCGAAAUUCGUCGAGAUGGUUUUUGAAUGGAACCAGAAGUACGGAAGCAACAUAAAAAAUCAGUUGAGACGCAUGGGAGCAUCGCUGGACUGGACGCGAGAAGUGUUCACGAUGGACGCCCCCAGGUCGGCAGCAGUUGUCGAGGCGUUCGUACGACUGUACGACUCAGGACUCAUCUACAGAAACACGCGCCUGGUAUCUUGGUGCCCCUACCUUUCUACUGCCCUAUCGGACAUAGAAGUGGAGCCGCUGGAAGUUACGUCCCCGACGUUCAUAACAAUACCAGGGUUCGAGUCGUCAGUUGAAGUCGGGUCGCUGUGGGUCUUCAACUACCCAGUGGUGUUUGGAAGUGAAACGAGGCACCUGCCGGUGGCAACGACGAGGCUGGAGACGAUGUUAGGCGAUGUGGCGGUGGCUGUUAACCCGGAGGACGAAAGGUACAAGGACCUGGUCGGAUGCAAAAUACAGCACCCCUUCUUCCCGGAGAGAGAAAUGGUAGUGGUGGCAGACGCGCACGUGGACAAGGACUUCGGAACGGGCGCAGUGAAGAUAACGCCCUCGCACGACAAGAACGACUACGACAUCGCGAAGAGGCACGCGCUGCCCUUCAUCAACAUCUUCACCAACGACGGGAAGAUCAACGAAAACGGAGGAGAGUUCUCGACGAUGCACAGGUUCCAGUGCAGAAAGGUGCUGGAAAAGAGGCUGCAGGAGAUCGGACUCUUCGUGGAGAAGAAGCCAAACUCAAAGCCGAUGAUGGUGCCGCGGUGCUCGAGGACGGGCGACAUCGUGGAGUACAUGCUGAUACCGCAGUGGUACGUGGACUGCAAAGACCUUGCGAACAAGGCAAUCGAGGUGGUGAAGAACGGGUCGCUGAAGAUCACACCCGCGUCGCACGUCUCGGUCUGGUACCAGUGGCUGGAAAACAUACAGGACUGGUGCAUAUCGAGGCAGCUUUGGUGGGGACACAGGAUCCCGGCGUACAGAGUUACCUCGCCAGAGUUUCCGCCCACGUCAGAUCACUGGGUGGUGGGCAGAGACCUGGAGGAGGCGCGAGAGAGAGCGAAGAAGCAGUUUCCGGACUGCAAGGAGCUCACGCUGGACCAGGACGAUGAUGUUCUGGACACAUGGUUCUCCUCGGGGUUGUUCCCGCUGAGCACGAUGGGCUGGCCAGACGAGAACGCAGUCGACUUUAAGAAGUUUUUCCCAACGGAACUCCUGGAGACGGGAAACGACAUCAUCUUCUUCUGGGUGGCGAGGAUGGUCAUGCUGUCGCUGCACUUCGUAGGGAAGCUGCCGUUCAGCGAAGUUUAUAUGCACCCGCUCGUGAGGGACGCUAAGGGGGAGAAGAUGAGCAAGAGCAAGGGCAACGUGGUCGACCCGCUGGACAUCAUCGACGGGACCACGCUGGAGAAGCUGAACCAGACGAUACUGAACUCGACGCUGCCGCAGGGGGAGGUAAAGAAGGCGCUGGCCAUGCAGAAGCAGCAGUUUCCCGAGGGCAUUCCCCAGUGCGGCGUCGACGCGCUGAGGCUGGGCCUCCUGGGCCUGAUGAGGCACCACCGGGCGAUCCACCUGGACGUGAACAAGCUGGUAUCCUCGAGGCACUUCGGCAACAAGAUCUGGAACGCGACGAAGUUUGCAAUUCUGCGGACCAAGUUUUACGAGCCCAACGGAGUUGACUACGCCCUCACGUGGGAGGACAAGUGGAUUCUGCACAAGCUGAACCAAUACGUGAAGAGGGUCAAUGAGGCCAUGGAGAGCUAUCACUUCUACGACGCCGUCCAGGCCACGUAUGACUUUUGGCUGUAUCAACUGUGCGACGUGUACCUUGAACUCGUUAAGAACAGGCUCCCCUCGCUCGUCGAUGACUCGGCGUUCAUCCCAAACGAGGACUCUAACGCUGCGGCCUUUGUCAUCCACAACUGCUUCAGCACGUCUCUGAGGCUGCUGCACCCGAUCAUGCCCUUCAUCACCGAGGAGCUGUACCACCACCUCCCGCCCUACCUCGUGACACACGAGUCCAUCUGCGUCUCCGACUACCCCGGCGAAAACGCGGAGUGGGAGCACCCUGAGCUCGACGCUGAGAUGGAGUCGCUCUUCUCAGUGGUGCACAGCUUCAGGUCGCUCGCCUCGACCCUGGGGCUCGCGCAGAACAUGAACAAGGUGGGAUUUCUCACUGUGAACGACGAGGCGCUGCGCAAGAUCCUCGUGGACAAGGUGCACCUCAUCGAGCUGCUGUCCAAGUUCAAGUCGAUCUCCAUUGCUGAUGGCGCCAACGAGCAGCUGUCGAGCUGCGUGCAGAACGUGAUCUCCUCCUCCCUCGUCACGUACAUCCUCGUCGACGAGAACGUCGACCUCGUAAAGACGUCUGCAAUGCUGUCCGACAGGCUUAGCAAGACUGUCAAGAUGCUCGACUCGUACCUCAAGAAGCUGCAGGUCCCCAACUACGAGGCCAAGGUUCCUCUCAGCGUCCGCGAGCUCAACGAGUCUAAGAUCGGCGAGCUUUCCUACGAGAAGUCGCAGCUCGAGGCUGCCGUCUCCGACCUCGAGCGUCUGAAGUUGACAAACCACCGAUGA